GCUGUCAAAGUCAGUGGCAUGUCAACGUAACUUCUCUUAAAUACAGUGUCAAAAGAACCAACCGCUCCGGCUAUCACUAGAACCAGUAGGAUUCCCUCACCAACUCGCUCCCCCUCCCUCGGCUCACUUUUCUCCAUCUCGAUCUCUUACUUGAUUAGUGUUUGAAUACGAGAAGCCAUCAGAUCCAGAUCCAAAACCCUAACCUAGAGUUCACUUUUGCCUCCCACUCGAGAUGGAGGAGGCGCUGGAGAUGGCGCGUGCUAAGGAUACUAAGGAGCGCUUGGCUGCCGUUGAGCGGCUUCACCAGUCCUUAGAGUCGUCUCGCCGGACUCUUUCCGCAGGCGAGGUAUCUACACUAGUCGACUGCUGCAUGGAUCUCCUACGGGACAGUAACUUCCGGGUGGCACAGGGCGCAUUGCAGGCGCUGUCUUCCGCCGCCGUUCUUGCUGGAGAACACCUUAAGCUACACUUUAAUGGCCUCGUUCCUGCGAUCGUAGAGCGACUUGGAGAUGGAAAACAGCCUGUCCGUGAUGCGGCGCGCCAGCUUCUUGUCACUCUCAUGGAGGUAUCUUCACCAACAAUUAUUGUUGAAAGGGCUGGGGCUUAUGCAUGGACUCACAAAAGCUGGCGAGUUCGAGAAGAGUUUGCUCGCACGGUUACCGCUGCAGUUAGCCUAUUUGCUUCCACAGAACUUACCUUGCAACGAGUUAUACUUUCUCCAGUUCUGCAACUGCUUAAUGAUCCAAACCACGGUGUUCGCGAAGCUGCUAGUUCAUCAAUUGAGGAGAUGUACGCUCAGGCUGGACCUCAGCUUCUUGAAGAACUGAAUCGUCAACAGCUUACGUCAUCCAUGAUGAAAGAUAUUAGCGCUAGACUAGCAAGAAUAGAACCAAAAGUUCACCGAUCAGAUGGAGCUGGAACUCAUUUUAUUUCCACCGAAAUCAAAUCGUCUAAUAGCCACAAAAAGGGCAGUCCGAGGACUAAGAUUACUCCGAGGGAAACCUCUCUUUUUGGAGGUGAAGCUGAUGGCACUGAAAAGCUGGUGGAACCUAUUAAGGUUUAUUCUGAGAAGGAACUCGUUAGGGAAUUUGAGAAGAUUGCAUCUACCUUAGUGCCGGAAAAGGAUUGGUCACUCCGAAUCUCAGCCAUGCAGAGGAUUGAAGGCCUAGUUAAUGGAGGUGCUGCUGAUUACCCAUCGUUUCACGUGCUCUUAAAACAGCUUGUUUCUCCACUAAGCACUCAGCUAUCAGAUAGGCGAUCAAGUAUAGUGAAACAGGGCUGCCAUUUGCUAUGCUUUUUGUCCAAGGAGCUUUUGGGUGACUUCGAGACUUAUGCUGAGAUGUUUAUUCCGGUACUUUUUAAGCUUGUCGUGAUAACUGUACUUGUGAUAGCAGAAUCUGCAGACAACUGUAUAAAAACGAUGUUUCGAAAUUGUAAGGUUGCCCGUGUUCUUCCACGCAUAGUGGAAUCUGCAAAAAAUGAUAGAAAUGCCAUUCUCCGUGCCAGGUGUUGUGAAUAUGCACUUUUAAUUCUGGAGUACUGGGCAGAUGCUCCAGAAAUUCAAAGAUCGGCAGAGCUUUAUGAAGAUCUGAUAAAGUGCUGUGUUGCAGAUGCAAUGAGUGAGGUCCGUUCAACUGCACGGACUUGCUACAAAUUGUUCUCAAAAACUUGGCCAGAACGGUCUCGGCGUCUGUUUUCAUCCUUUGAUCCUGCUAUCCAAAGGUUAAUAAAUGAUGAAGAUGGUGGCAUGCAUAAAAGAUAUUCAUCCCCAUUGCUUCGUGAUAGAGGAUCACAACCUUCACAUGCGCCAUCUCAUGCUGCUGCAGUGAAUGUUCCCGGAUUUGGUACUUCUGCCAUUGUUGCAAUGGAUAGAAGUUCCAGCCUUACUUCUGGGAUGUCGCUUUCUAUAGGAUCCCAUGCUUUAUCACAAACAAAGCAACUUGAAAAACAUUCUGAAAGAAGUCUUGAAAACAUGCUUCAGGCAAGCAAACAAAAACUCUCGGCCAUUGAGAGCUUACUGAGAGGUGUUAGUUUAUCUGAGAAGCAAAGAAAUUCUAGCACACAAUCAACUAGCUUGGAUCUUGGGGUUGAUUCCCCAGCUUCUCGGGAUCCACCAGUUCUGGCUGCUAUACCUGGUUCAAAUCAUCUUUCUCUAAAAGAAUCAAUAUUGGUGGAUCCAACUGCUAACAUUGCUAAUAGUGCUAGGAAUGGUGGUUCAAAUUUUACUGAUGUUAUGAAUUCACAUAGCCAAUAUGUGGGAGGCCACUCUAAAUACGAUAAUCUUGCUUCUGAUUCAUCGUCUUCAUUUUCAUCAUCUUACUCGGUCAAAAGGCAUUCUGAAAGGCCACUAGAUGGGAGUACUGCUGAACGAAAUGUUGAUCUCAGUUUUAAGAAACUGUCAAACAUACAAAUAGAUAGACAGUAUCCGGAUGCACCUUAUAAGGAUGCUGGCUUCAGGGAUCUAAACAGUAAUCAUGUUCCAAAUUUUCAAAGGCCACUUCUUAGAAACCAAGCAAAUGGAAGGGUUUCAGCUAGUCGCAGACGCAGUUUUGAUGAUAACCAGCUUCAUUUGGGUGAAUUAUCUAGCUAUGUGGAUGGUCCAGGAUCCCUCGGUGAUGCACUUAAUGAGGGUUUGUGCUCUAGUUCAGAUUGGGUUGCCAGGGUGUCAGCUUUCAACUAUUUGCGGAACUUGUUGCUGCAAGGGCCUAAAGGUAUUCAAGAAGUUACACAGAACUUUGAGAAGGUCAUGAAACUAUUCUUUCGACAUUUAGAUGAUCCACACCAUAAAGUUGCGCAGGCAGCUCUUUCAACACUUGCAGAGGUUAUCCCUCCAUGCAGGAAGCCUUUUGAAAGCUACCUUGAGAGAAUCUUGCCAUAUGUAUUUUCAAGAUUGAUUGACCCCAAGGAGUUGGUGAGGCAACCCUGUAUGAUAAACUUGGAAAUUGUUAGUAGGACAUAUGGUAUUGAUUCGUUGUUACCCGCCCUUCUUCGUUCAUUAGAUGAGCAGAGGUCUCCUAAAGCAAAGCUGGCUGUUGUUGAGUUUGCAAAUAAUUCCUUUGACAAGCAUUCACCAAACCCUGAUGGUUUUAGUAAUGGUGGCAUUCUAAAAUUGUGGCUCGCUAAACUAGCCCCUUUGGUAACCGAUAAAAAUACUAAACUGAAGGAUGCUUCUAUAACUGGGAUAAUAUCUGUUUAUGCCCAUGAUUCAUCUGCCGUCUUGAAUUUUAUCCUUAGCUUAUCUGUAGAGGAACAAAACUUGCUGAGACGGUCAUUGAAACAGUUCACUCCCCGCAUUGAGGUUGAUCUAGUUAAUCUUUUGCAGAGUAAGAAAGAAAGGCAACGCUCUAAAGCAGCUUAUGACCAGGCAGAUGUCAUUGGCACUUCUUCGGAUGAAGGAUACAAUGGAUUAUCAAAGAAGACCCAGCAUCUUGGUAGGUAUUCAGGUGGAUCAACUGAUAUUGAGGGUCCCAAGAAAUGGGAUUCUAUGCAAGAAUCAAUUUUAGUUGAUACCUUGAUUGCAAAGACAGCUUCUGAUGAAACUCAACAGACAUACCAUAACCCUGAACCAGGUUCUGAUAAUGAGGUUCUUGGUCCACAUAACAAAGAUUUGAGGCAUAAAACAGGUACUUCUUCUGAAUAUACUAGUUCUGGAACAGAUCACAGUGGAAUACCUGUUCCUCUUAUGGAUUGUGAAAGAUCCAUAAGAAAUCAACAACUUGAUAAUACCCGAAUGAUUGGCUUUGAUGGUCCUAAGGACAUAGGGUCAACUUUUGAUGGGGAAAGAUUACAUGAUAUGGGGCUCUUUCGUGACAAUACUAAUCCAUUAAUUAAUGUGGGAGCUGAAAAUGUACUAAGCAUCCCACAAAUUCUCCACCAUAUAUGCAGCAUCAAUGGCGACAAAUCUAGUCUAAGUAAACAUGAAGCUCUGCAGAAAUUGGUUGGGGCUUCAAUUGCCAAUGAUAAAUUAGUAUGGACCAAGUACUUCAAUCAAAUAUUAUCCGCUGUAUUUGAUGUUUUGAAUGAUUACGAUUCUUCUAUAAGGGAGGUUGCUCUUUCUUUGUUACUUCAAAUGCUCAUCCACCAGAAAGAGGCGAUGGAAGAUUCAGUUGAAGUUGUCAUUGAAAAGUUACUUCAUGCGGCUAAUGAUUCAGUUGCAAAGGUUUCAAAUGAAGCACAACAAUGCUUGUCAAUUGUGCUGGCCCAGUAUGACACCUGUAGAUGUCUUUCUGUUAUUGUGCCUUUGCUGGUCAGUGAUGAUGAGAACAUGCUUGUUACUUGCAUCAACUGUUUGACCAAGCUUGUAAACCGCCUUUCGCAAGAAGAGCUGCUGUCUCAAUUGCCUUCAUUUCUUCCUUCUAUCUUCGAUGCAUUUGGAAGUCAAAGCAUAGAUGUUAGAAAGGGCGUUGUGUUCUGCCUAGUGGACAUCUACAUCUUGCUCGGCAAAGCUUUCUUACCCUAUCUAGAGGGACUAAGCAGCACCCAACUCCGUUUGUUUACUAUAUAUGCCAACCGUAUUUCUCAAGCCAGGUCCAUCGCUACAGGUGAAGCUAAACAUGGCUGAAAUAUCAACUUCUCCUCUCUCUAUCUACCUUAUUUGUUUGUACAAGUAUAUGAAGUUAUUAAUUUCAUUGCUGUUCGUUGUAUAGUUCAGUGGGUUUUCCUGGUCGAGGAAGUUGGUUUUUUUUUUAAUCUUUUCUUUUAUGAGGGGUAUGUUCGUAUGAUUUGUGUGUGCGCGCCUGCCGUAGAGUUUGUGGUUUGAAAUGAGUAUGUAGCCUGCACUUUAGUCUUUCAAAUCCUUGCAUUUUAGUAGCAGUAUGUAAUUUCUAAUAACCUCAUCCAAAUUUGUUGUGUUUUACAUGUCAGCAAUGCAGAGAUCCAUUCUACAGAUCUG